ACUUUAGUAACGACAACUCUUUGGAGAAACAUAUUUUUACAAAACAUCAAAACAUGGCGUCGAGUGCAAUUGCCGCGAUGUUGGACGAGUUAAUGGGCCGAGACAGAAACUUGGCACCAACCGAAAAACGUAGUGAACCAAAAUGGGAUGACCCCGAUGUGUGCAAGUACUAUCUGGUUGACUUCUGUCCACAUGAACUGUUCACAAAUACUAGAGCUGAUUUGGGUCUGUGUGAAAAGUUGCAUGAUGAUCAUCUGCGCAAGGAAUAUCAAGAAUCAUUCAAAGAGUACAAGAAGAGUUCUCGUAGCGGCCGGCUGGGUUACGAGGAGGACUUCCAGCGUUACCUGCAGACGCUGAUCAACGACGUGGAGAAGAGGAUACGGCGUGGUCACCAACGUUUGGCUCUUAACAGCAUGCAGACAUCCGCCAAUGGCAAUCCUCAGUCCCAGAAAGAUGAGAAGGUACAGAUGUUGACUCAGCGAAUCAAUGAACUGGUGCAACAGGCAGAGGAGCUCGGAUGUGAGGGGAAGGUAGAGGAGGCCCAGGGCAUCAUGAAACUGUGUGAUCAACUCAACGAGGAACGCUCGGAGUUACAGAACCAGACGGCGACCCAGGACCCCUACAAUGAGCCCCUCAAGGCGAUGGAGGUGUGUAACGUGUGUGGAGCCCUGCUGGUGGUGGGGGAUGCCCAACAGAGGGUGGACGAGCACAUCAUGGGCAAGCAGCACUCCGGCUACGCUCGUAUACGGGCUUACGUGGAGGGCAAGCGUAUGGUGAGUAGGACACAGAAAAGUAAAGAGGAGGAGGAGCAGCGUGACUCUCGGCUGAAAGCGGAACGAGAGGAGCGGGAGAAAGAGAGGGAGAGGGAGAGAGAGGAAAGGAAAAAGAAGGAGGAAGAAAAGAAGAAGGAGCUGGAGGCAGAGAGGGCAGCACGGCGGGAGAAGGAGAAGGAGAGAGAGAAAGAAAGGGAGAAAGAGAGGGAGAAGAGGAAGAAGUCAAGAUCUAGGAGCAGGGGACGCAGCUCUCGCGAUGACAAGGACAGGAAGAAGCGUUCCCGCAGUGGCGAUCGUCACCGGCGUCAUGGUUCUCGUAGCAGGUCACAUGACCGCCACCACAAGUCCUCACGACGUAACCGCAGCAGGAGUGGUGACAAGCACAAGUCCAGGAGCAAGGACCCGUCCAGCAAGAAAUCUAGUAAGGAGCCCAGUGAGUCUAGGGGCCGGUCUGAGGACAAGAAGGCUGGUAUAGAGGACAGACAUCAGUCCGAGGAGUCGUCCAGACAGAGUGAAACAGCUGAGCAGACUGAUCAAACUGGUGAGAAGAGCCAGCCUGUAGGUGACACCGUGGACAAGGUGGCGGGCAGGAAAGCAGAUAAGUCAGGAGAUGAGCGGAAGUCUAAAGAUUCCGAAGCAAAAGACGCUGGUGACAAUGAUGAUGCCAUGGCAACAGGAGAUUCGAACUGAAGGUGAUAUGCUAAGGAACUACAGGUAAGUGAUAGGGACUGACCAACAGGCUGUAAUUCUUUGUUUUGUCUUGUAGGUAACCAGGUAAGUGGAAACAAAAAAAUUGAUGAUGGAACAUUGUGAAAAGGUCAUGGUGUGUGGGUGGGUGGGUGUUUUCUCAGUUAUUUUUGGUGGUGAAAAUAGAAAAUUCUAAGAUUGAUUAAGUAUUCCUGUUUUUUAAUGGGUUAUUAUUGCAGACCAAAUGUUGCUAUUUAUUUCGGCUGCCAGUUUGCUUUUGAACUGGUUUUGCAUGCUUUUUAAAAGAAAAAGAAAUACUAUGCAUUUGCAUUAAAUGUCAAACACAAGUGUCAAAAGCUGUAUGCAAUUUAUUGUGGAAGUCUGUUAAGUCUUAAUGCAAAUGUUUUGUGAACAAAAUUUGUAUAAAAUUACAAUUCCAAAGAUUAAAUAGGUAACGUUAUAACAGAACCACUUCAAAAACCAAACUGAUCUUCAUAACGUCGCUGUCGUUCUCAAACCUCGUAGCUCCAAAAUUUUCUAAAUAUUUUUUUCGUCUUUUCCGAAUAUAUUAAGUCUGGCGCGUGUUUUGUGCUAUAUCUCGUAGCUCUACGCCAAUCAGAGCCCUUAAAAAUGCCACGUGACGAAAUGUCGUAGAAUGAUUGUUGGCUUUUUUUCCCGGCGAAAAGUCGUAGCGACGCCAUUUCACCUAUAGAUACGUCGUUUCGUUUGGACAGAUUUGACAAAAACGUUUUUAUAAAUUUUUUUAUUUGCAAAUACGAGGUUUCCUAUCAGGACGAAUUGUUGUACCUCAUAAAAAUGACAAAACAAAAUAUCGUAGCUACCAUGUCUGACUGUCAGUAUGACUUAUCAGUAUGACUUAUGCGUCUACGGCUUAUACCGUAUUUUGCAGCUUCAUUUGUUUGGUAUUUUUACAGAAUUUCAAUUUCUAAAACAUCGUUAUAAAAAGAUGAGACGGUUUUUUCUCUCUCCUGAAAAGUUGGCAUUUUGUAGCUACGAGGUUUGAGAACGACAGCGACGAUAAGUAACCCCUGACCACACAUAUAUCUUUGGGGAAUUGUUCUGCUUCUUUAUUAUCUUUGGGGUGUUUUUGCUCCGUUUAUUGUACAAGCACGUUGUCUACAUGUGCUCUGAAGUCGGCUCUGCAUCGUCAACAGAGGAUCAAAGCUGCUGACUAGAAAACCAGCCAAUCCGACACCCAUCCGACAUGUGAACAUUAAAAUACACAUUUCCUCCAGGUAUUUUCGGCUUGUAUGGUUUAAGGCACCAUCUUGUGAUUUAUAACAAUGAAAUCUAAUACUUGUAUCUCUUAUAAAGAAAAAAGAAAUAUUGAUUGGUCAACUCUUUGAGGUAAAAUUAGAGGCAGAUAUUUUGUAAAUCAACUUGUAAAUGUUACUUUUUUUUGUCUAAAAUGGAAGAACAUUCUUUCUUUUUUGUUUAUAAACGGGGCUUUUUUAUUAUUGUUUUUUUUUUUUAAAUUCAACCUACAAUCAUGACUCAGGGUAGAGUAAUAUAGGCAGAACAUUUUAGUCUGGAGUUGUUUUGAAAUGUGUCAUAAUAUCAGAUUAAACUGCAGUAUUAAUGGACCAAAAAGCCCUGUUUUAUUUUAAACAUAAAAUUAAGCAGUGUUAAUAUAGUUGUACAAACUAAACAAAUAAUCAGCUAAGGUUAAGGAAACAACCAGAAAUACACCAAAAGUUGAGGAUGUCGUCAUUAAAUAUGUAAAUUUGUCCGAAAUUUCAUCAUUACCUGCCUGUUCUAUUAGCCGUCGCUAUAAAGCAGAGUUGUCAUCGACUGUGCAAAGAGCUGGAAAAUGUCUAGGGGAUGGUGACCCAUGUAAAACACAAAAAAGGGGCAGAUAAGGAAAGGUAUAAUGCGGAGGUAUCACACUUAUGUACUGUAGUCCUGUUGUAUCGGAUAUUGAUUGUUUGUAGCAUGGUCCAUUUGGCAGGCAACUGGUGUUUCUUGCUGGGUGAAAUUUGAGGUAUAUUUUGUGUUACUAUGCUUGCAAUGCCAUGUACAUAUUACAACUGGCAAUGUUUUGCUGGUACAUGAUUGUGGAAAGAUCUAGAUUUAAUUGUGCAUGAGCUUUAACUUUAUACACUACACUAGAAUAUUCAGUAAAGUUUUCAUUGCUACAUAAUAUUUGUACUCAAUGUUCAGAAUUUUGCUCAAAGUUUAACAGAAAUCUGAAUUAAAUGCAAACAAAUGAUUCAGAUUCAACAUUUGUUCAGUUGUAAGUUUAAAUCCUUGAAAUGCAUUUGAAGCAUCCUGAUCUUUCCUUACAUCAUGUCACUUCCCACAAUGGUUCCAGAGGAAUAUCAACAGGUAUAACUUAUUUGUUUUAAGUAUUGUUUCUCUAGGUGCUGCAGGACAAGGGCAGAUUACAAUGAGGUAUUGACUCUUUUCUUCAUGAACAAUGUUUUGUGUUUGAAAUAAGCAGCAUCAGUAAAACAAUGCUGUUAUAACUAUUCAAAAUCUCUCAUGAUGAAAUGCAGGCUAUACUCUUCAAUCCUUCAAAUGAACCAAUUACUGCAUAUUUACACAUUGUUCUCGAUAAUCUUGACAUGUCCUUUAUGCAACUCCUAAAAAUAGCCAGCUGGGAAAUGAAUAUUUUGUUGUAAGUUCGGUAAAGAAAUUACAUUUUGCUAUGACUGUUUUGCCAUUAGAUUAAACAAAAUAAGGAACAUAAUUUUGACAUGCUAAAGGUUUAAAUGGUUACAGAACAGGCAUUAAGCAAGAACUAAUUAUACCAGCAAAGUAGUUUGGAAAGAGGGGAUAUUGGAGUCACUUUUAGGCGAUUUGUGACACAGCUCCAGUAUUUCAUAAAACCUCUAGAAUGGCCCAAAAUAAUAAGAAUUUUAAUGUAGUAAUUUACAUAUGGCUACAACUUUGUCUUCAUAAAAGCUAUAAAAUAACCAAAAGGACAAUAAUUUUGAUGUAGAAUCUGUACCAUUAGCAUAAUUUAACUUUACAAAACUCCAUAAAAAGCAUUUUGAACUAGGUGUAUCCAUGGAAACGACCUUGCGAGUUCACAUGUAUCAUCAUUUGCAGGUAUAAUAUUUUCUGAAAUGGAGUCCGUCCCUUGUACUAACAGUUUGUUUAUUGCAGACAUGAUCAGGUUAGUGGGAAAGCUGAUAUGUUGUUCAAGUCAUAAUUCAAAAUUUGUUUCAGGAACUUGUCUGGAGCUUACAACUAAUAAACAUUAAUGAUUUAUAAUGUUUCUAGCCUAAACAAAUUAUGCAAUUAUGCUUCAUGAAAAAUGAAAAUAUUUCAUGUUUUUUCUCAUAAGAUAUUUUAUAAGACUUGUCGCGGAUACAUUGCUAAAAUGAUACUUUGUCUUACGUACCAUUAACAUCAACUAAAAAAUGUUCAUUGAUAGUGAUAUCUUAUUUGAAAGACAAAGGUAGACAUUACAAAAAGUAGAACAAAGUUAAGCCCCAGACAUGUAAAAGAGAGAAAGCCUUCAUGUGACAACUGAGAGGUUAGUGGCGCAAAUUUUUCUGGUGGUAUCAACAAGUUCUGUUUGAUUUAAUAACUAACAUGUGUAGAUGAUGUAAAGGACAUGUUCACAGAUUUUUAAAUUUUUGAAAAAUGUCCUUAAAAGUUAAAUGUACUUAAAUUAAACUUACUAAGACAACUGUUGUAUACUGAAUUAUAGAAAAUAGCCACCAAUCGAACAAUCAGGCCAUAAUAUCUGACAUAAAAUCUUGCCCGUUACCAAUGGACCAAUCAGCUCUUAGAAUCUGACAUAAAAUCUUACCUGCUACCAAUGGACCAAUCAGGUUUUAAAAUC